UGGCUUCUCCACUUCCAAUUUUGUAGUCACAGUUGACAGAAUUUCGGUCAUACGAAGGACAAGAUAUGCACACUGGCGAGAAAGUUGUUCCUAUCAAGCUUGAUCUCCGAGUAAAUCACACAGUUAUCAAGGACCAUUUUUUCUGGGACAUGAACAAUUUUGAGAGUGAUCCUGAAGAAUUUGCACGAACAUUUUGUGAAGAUAUGAAAAUUGAAGACCCAGAAGUUGGACCUGCAAUUGCCAUAGCAGUUAGAGAACAACUUUAUGAGAUUGCAAAGCAAAGUGUUGCAUCCGCGAGAGAAAGCAGGGCUAAUAAGAAAGGACGCAGAGGAAUGGAACAUCCCUCUGCCAGUAAAGUAGGUUUGCCUGCAUUGGACCUGGGGAAGCUAUUCAGCAUAAAAUCAAGUGUCGUCCGGAAGAAGAGGGACGCUGAUGCAUAUGAACCAAUUGUCGAUCACCUGUCAAAUGAAGAGGUGGAUGCCCUCGAGGCUAAGGAAGAGAGGCUUGCUCGGUGAUGCAGACAAUGUCUAUUGGAAUGGAUACCAGCAGUGUAAAGGAGAACUUGUUUAAAGUUUUAGAAUGAUCCUAGUCAUAGUAUAGCCAAAAUCCCGUGUUGUAGAUAAUGUUCAGAUUUUUGCAUUGAUCUGGAGAUCACAGUUACUUCUGUUUGUCAAAAGAAAAUAUGGAACAGCACUUCUGUGCUAAUCUAUUAAUAGUU